GUGGUCAUGUUAGUUGCGAAACAAAUACGGCAGCGGUUAUUUCGUUUUGCAAGAGCUCUACCAAAACUUCAACAAAGUUGAAUGGAAGAAAAACAAGGCAUAGCAAAUCCAAGCACAGAUUACUUUAGCCUGUUUACGAGGAAUUAGAAAAAAAAAAAAAAUUAAAAACACACGAAACGAAUUUUGAAAACGAGUGAAAAGGGAAUUUUACUUUUCGGAAGCAAAGGAUAGUUUGGCUAAUUGAAAAAAGAAAAUAUUAUUUGGCCGGGAAAAAGUAUUAAAAAGCAGUGAUUUGAAAACGAAUGGCAAGGAAUGUUGCAGUGUUCCUGUAAAAGAAAGCACCAGCACUGCCAUUGGUAAUAACCCAACCACAAUUAGCACCCAGUUCAAAGUGCCAAAAACCGAAUGGGUUCGCAUUAACCCCCCAUCCAACCCCCCCACACACACACUCUUUCUCGCCUAAAUACAUUCGAGAAACCACAACUACAACUAUAAGUGAAAAAAAGAAAAAAAAAAUAAUCAAAAAAUUAUAUGUAUGUAAACAUGAUUGUAGGUCUGUGUAGGUGGAAAAAGGAAAUUCGCAGGUGUUUUACCAGUGUGUACGUAUGUGUAUUUGUUCCCGUAAAUAUAUGUAACUCAGCAGCCGCAUAUCUUUUGGCUCCAUGCAUUUGUAAUAAUAAAAAUAAUGAAAUGUGAAUAUAUGUAAGUUCGUGUGCGUUUGUGUGUGUACGUGUGCUUGUUUCUCUCAUUGUUUGUUUGUAAUAAAAUGUGCAAAUGUUAACCUGGUUUUUGGUGAAAAUAAAUUUUUGUCAUCAUCGUCCUAUAAAUUUGUACACACAUAUUCCUACAUACAAACAUACCUGGGUUUGAGUGUUAUUUAUAUAUAUAUCACAAGCAGCUACAACGUGUUUGUGUGUGUAUAUGUGUCCAUGAGGAGCGCGCGGUUUUAGGUCGGUUCGUAUCGUUUGUGUGGAAAUGUGAUGCUGGAUGUUUGGCUGGUAUUUGAACGAUGACCCGUUGUCGGUCGUGAGGUUUUUGUUUCUUUGCCGCCACAAUUACAAUCAGCAAAAUUAGAGUCCCGAAAAUAAAUUCUUAGUGGCACGACAGUGGUGGUGAUGGUAGUAUGGCAUACAACUACAGCAACAUGAAAUAUUCACAAUAAAAAAUAAACAAAAAUUUUUAAAUAAUGGUCAAGAUACAUAAAAAAAUAAUAUUCAAAUUUUAUCAAAAUUAAAGAAAACACCUAGCAAACAAAUAAUUUAAGAAAAUGCAAAAAACCCAACAAAAAAUCCUUAAAUUAAAUAAGAACCCGCGAAACCCCCAACAACGCAUCUUAAAAUUCAAUUGAAACACUUUCAAUUUGUUACUUCUGUCAUUCGUGCAACCUGAUAUCAGCAGUCUCAAACAACCUUAGCCUUAAAAGCAACCUCAACCUCAAGCAGGCAAGGCAACACCAGCAGCAUAGUGGCAGAAGUGCUCUUCUUCUUCUUCGUCGUCGCCUUAGCUUCUGAGACUCAAAUUUGCAUUGCGGAACCAUCAAAUGUCAUGAUGCUGAAUUAUGUGACAACAAAACAUGUAACGAGAACCGCAACUACUCCACCCGCCACCUGAGAGCUGAAAAAAUAAACUAAACCAAACCAGGAGGACUGGAUUAAAAUUUGUGCCACAAAAACACACACAUACACACCCAAAGUAUUGACAACAAUGCCCAACUAAUCAAAGGGUUUUACCGGUUUUGGUUAGCAAAUAUACCGCACAGCAAUCAAAACAAAAAACCCUAAAAACAAGGAAAAGCAAAGAAUAAAAUCAAACAAAAAAUCCCAAGUGAAAAAGCAAACAAAUUCAACAAUGGCUUUUAUGGUCCACAUCGCAUCACAAUAGACUGGACCACUAGCUAAAAUAAAAACAAAAAACCGAAACAAUCCCUUCUACGCCUACUCAGCCAACUCGUUCGCCCAACACAUGCACAGACACACCAACACCACCAAUGUGGAUUAUGCACUUUACAUGCCAGACUUGCUACAAUAAUAACUGUAAUCGCCUGAUAUGUCGCCAUGGCUCGCAACAAAACAAACGAAAUAAAAUCAACAGACCAAGCAGCAGCAGCAACAACAACAACAGCACUACCAGCUUCUGCAGUGGGAGUUCCACUAGCAUUGCUUGCAAACAAUGCAUUUCAUCAGCAGCCUCCCAAACACUUCUGUCGCCAACAACAACGGCAUCUGCACGGUCGUCCCCAUCAUCAGCGUCAUCAGCACCCGGAGUAUCAGCAUCGAACCAAUUGUGGGACACCAGACAACCACCAACACACAGAUCCACUAGCCACGUCACUUGCCCCAGAUGGCAUACCACAAGAUGUCCGCUAUUGUUUGGGAGACGAUAAUACCGCUCAGAGCAUAACACUCUCCUGCAAGGUGAGAAGAAAAUCCAAAACAUUCUCUCAGGCAUCCCGUUUCACACUACCCCUGUUCUCGGAGUCUCUCAAACGCUUUCGCAGCAUACCACUGGUCCAGCUGCUGUGGCUGCUCUGCUGUCUCAGCAACUUGGUGCACCGCACCAUGGCCGAGUGCCCCAGUGUGUGCGAGUGCAAAUGGAAGAGUGGCAAGGAGUCUGUUUUGUGCCUUAAUGCAAAUCUAACACAUAUCCCAGCUCCUCUGGAUGCUGGUACCCAGGCUUUGGAUCUGACGGGAAAUGAGCUGGCCACCAUACCGGAUGACACCUUUGCCGAGGUUAACCUACUCAAUCUGCAGAAAGUCUACUUGGCCAAGUGCCGGCUGCGACUCAUCGAACGCUAUGCCUUUCGGGGACUCAUCAAUCUGGUGGAGCUGGAUCUCAGCUAUAACGCCCUGGCCCACAUACCAUCCGAUGCACUGGAGAGUGUAACAGAACUGAGGGAACUGAAGCUCAACGGCAAUCCCAUACUGGUGGUGGCCAACGAUGCCUUCAGGCAGAUGAUGCAUUUGGUGCGACUGGAAUUGAGCGAUUGUCGCAUAGAAACCGUAGAGGUUAAGGCUUUUGCUGGUCUAGAAUCCAGCCUAGAAUAUCUGAAACUAGACGGCAACAAACUAUCCGAGGUGAGAUCUGGGACCAUAACCUCCCUCACCAAUUUGCAUGGCAUUUCGUUGUCACGCAACAUGUGGAAUUGUUCGUGUUCUCUGCGCCCGCUGCGAGCAUGGAUGCUAAGAGAGAACAUACCCUGCGGCAUACCGCCCGUCUGCCAAAGUCCACCACGUCUGGCCGGCAAAUCAUGGGACAAAAUUGAUUUAGACGAUUUCGCCUGUGUGCCACAGAUCAUUGCCACCGACACCACUGCCCAUGGCGUUGAGGGACGCAACGUCACCAUGAGCUGUUAUGUGGAGGGCGUACCCGAACCUUCGGUGCGUUGGAUGGUCAAGAAUCGAGUGAUUGCCAAUUUGACAGCUGCAAACGGUGACCAACCCUCCACCAGUCCCCGCACAGCGGCCGCCACACAAGGCCGCAAAACCUAUGUUGUCAAUAUGCUACGCAAUGCCUCCAAUCUGACCAUACUCACGGCGGAUAUGCAAGAUGCUGGCAUUUACACAUGUGCGGCGGAAAACAAGGCUGGCAAAGUGGAGGCAUCCGUAACACUGGCUGUGUCCAGACGUCCCCCAGAGGCCCCUCUGGGCUUCAAAGUUAUCCUGCUGUGCAUAUUCAUAGCCUUGCUCUUUGUGGCCGGUUCAUCCUUUGGGGCCAUAUGUUUUUGCUCGCUGCGACGCAAAAGGAAAAUGCGUUUGUGGAACACAGUGCCGCAGGGCCGUACGGAAAGCUAUGAAAAAAUCGAAAUGACUUCGCGUAUGGCCGGGGCCGGAGGCAUUGGCGGCUCAAACAAACCGGAUUUGGGUGGCAAAACGGGCCUACAGGAAACGGGCAAAACGGCCAACAAUACACAGGGUCAGAUUUUCCAUGACAAUGAAAAUGGCUAUCUGUGUUCGGCCACCACACCUCUGAACUGUGGCUCGGACGAUGGCGGUGAUACGGGUGGUGCCAUCGUCAAUCCAAGCGGAGGCAGUUCGAAGCGCAACGGUGAUUAUCGCAAUGUACCCACCCACUGUGAUGACGACGAUAAUGAUCAUAUGCAGCAGAGCCUGGGCAGUAGUUCGGGUGGUGGUGGUGUGGGUUGUGGUGUUGGUGCUGGUCACACGUAUCAACGCAGCAUGCUGCUAACAUCAACAACACACAAUAAUGGUACAUUAACAACCACCACCAGUACCUCAUUAACAACACCACGUUGGAAAACAAGCUCAGCGUUUCAAUCAGCAGGCGGUCCUGAUUGCCACCUUUCACAUUUGGACGCAACGCAGGCGGGUCUGAAGUCGAGCGGCAAAGAGGAUACAGACUUGCACAUACCAAGGCUCAUUGAUAUUGGAUCUUCAACGGAAACAGGGUCUGUUUCUAUUUCCGGCAAAGUGGAUGCUGCCUCACGGCAAUCCUCAACGGGUUAUAAUCAUGUGGCCAAUUGGGUAACCUCUUCGCUGAGUUCGUCGUCGGCUAAGAUGUCGUUGAACAACAAUCAUCAGCCGAGUAGCCUGGAUUACUACAGCCCCAAAGAUGAGGUGAAUUCAUCGGUAUUUUGCGGCAAAGAAACAUCAGACAACGAUUUAUUCGAUAGUAAUUAUCCGGAUCUCUUGGAUAUUGCCAAAUAUGCCGUUGCCCAAGCCACCAGUGCCAGCCAGACAAAUGGUGGCCUGUGUACUCUGCCAAGAAAACUGAAAAAUACCGGUAAAUAUUUUAAAAAUUCCUCCGAUAGCCAAAGUCCCUUGUUGGCGGACAACUCAAGUAAAUAUGGCAGCAGUACUUUGGGUGAUGCCGGCUAUUUAAAUGAAGUUGCAUUGGGUAGACGUUUUUCGGCAGAAUCCUCCUAUUCAAACUAUGGUGGACCGGUGACAUAUACCAAAGGCCAAAGAUCGAAUAGUUUUCUGAAUCUUGUACAUAGUUCGAGUAAAAAUGCUUUGGCAAAUGUGGCCGGGAACAAGGCGGCAAUAGCUAGUGCUGCGGGAGCGAGGAAAAAUCCCAGUCUGCCAUCAUCACCGGUGCAUGACUAUCAGCAGCAUCAGAGAUCGUUAAGUUCUGCCGCCACACCGUUACUAGACUUUACAACACUUGCCAGUCGAACGGGUGUUACAAAUGCCCCUGCGGGCACACCUAGUGGCAUGAGCAGCUCAAUGCACUGUGGUGCCAACACCGCCCCUGUGACAGCCUAUGAUUAUCAUGCGGCCCAGUUGGAACGUUUUCUCGAGGAAUAUCGUAAUCUGCAAGAUCAACUAUGUAAAAUGAAAGAAACCUGUGACACAAUACGCAAAAAAGAGGUUCCACUUCGGGUGGGACUUGGGCAUUCGGCCCAUGCCGCCGAUCCCGUUAUGUACAAUGCUGCCCUGGCUGCUGCUGCCAGUAGUCCCACCACCAAUCCCAAAAUAACGCUGAAAACCAAAACAACCCUGCCUGGCCAACCACCCGAUCCACCGCCAUAUUGGUUGCAUCGCAACGCCAUGCUAAAGAGACUAAAUGAACCCCAGAAUGAUAUUUUCAAAAGCUAAUGAAUAUCAGGUGUACAGUUAUCCUUACAGUUAAGUCAAUUUAGUCUAAGAUCAGAGAAAAGUUGUUGGUUUUAAUUUGAAUUUUGUUUUGGUUUUGGAAUUUUGAAUUUUUUACCAAGAGAAAAUUGAAAAAAAUUAAACACCCUUCCCUCCAUUAUAAUGUAUACACAUCCUAAAGAUAUUAUCAUUGACAUUAAAUGUAGUUUUGAGAAAACUUUUAGUUCCUCUUGCUAGAUCAAAAAAUGAAAUAAAAAACAAAAACAAACCAAAUCAAUUCCAAAAUGAAGAAAAAACGAAGAAAUAAAUAUUCACUGUCCCAAAGGGUGGUGAAUGUCAAAGCAAAACUCGCAUUCAUUUAGCUAAGCUUCACAACCAUAUAACACAUACUAUACAAACAUAUAUAGACAUACACAUACACGAACAUAUCUACAGACAGAAAGAAACAUAAACACAUAUCUGCAAAAUAUUUACAUUUAUAUCAAUUCAAAGUUAUUUACAUAAAAGUGAUCCAUAAAAGCUAAGGUGUUUCAAAACGAGUGAUGAGUCCAAAUGGUGUAUCUGGUUAGAAGAGCUUUGUUUUGGUCUUCUAAUCAAGUUCUGAUUCCAUAUUUAAAUUAGAACUCAGCAAUUUCCAGAGGUUUUUAUAAUAUUUCUUUGGAAAUAUGUUGGGAUUGCUGAAUAAAUAUCAAUUUGAGGAUUAAGAUAUCUCACAUAGUUCCAACAAAUUUCACACUAUUUUCUCAUGUUUUACAAAGAUAUCAACUACGGAGUAGAUAAAGUCCGAGUAGUAAUACUUUAAGUCUUAAAUUUUUUUAUUGCGUUACAUUGCAAAGCCCAGUUGAUGUUAAGUUUAUUGAUUCAGAUUCACAUCUAUAUCUCACUCUUUGAAAUGUCAUUAUCAAAUC